AUGUUCAAGGCAUACAUCGGGGGGCCCAUCUAUGCGGCACUUGGUAACCACGACUCAGUCCCAACCAACCUCGGAAGUCCUCACUCCAUCGACCGCAACGGGCCUCUCGGCCAACAGUUCUCCUGGCACUACGAUCAUAUCUCCAAGCUCUGGGAGCACUAUGGUUGGAUCGACAAUGCUACUCAGACCCAAGCUUCUUUGCAUUACGGCGGCUACUCUAUUGGCCAUCCGCUGGGCUUGAGGAUUAUUACAAUCAACACCGAUUUUUGGUACCAAGCCAAUAAUUUUGCAUUUCUACAUGCUGAGAACCCAGAUUACUCGGGAAUUUUCUCCUUUCUCGUCGAAGAGCUUCAGAAAGCUGAGGACGAAGGCCAACGGGUAUGGAUCAUGGGCCAUGUGCCCACCGGCUGGCAGGGCCAAAAUGCUCUCCCUGAAGGGUCGGAUGCUUUCUAUCAAAUCAUUGAGCGAUACUCUCCGCAUGUAAUUGCUAACGUGUUUUUCGGUCACACCCAUGAAGGCACUAACAAUGGAACUUUACAAACAGCAUAUGAUGCUCUUGUUGCGGCAUGGACCGGCCCCUCAUUGACCCCGUUAACCAACCUGAACUCGGGUUACCGCCUGUACGAAAUCGACACUGGCACAUGGGAAAUAUUCGAAGCCUACACUUACUACGCUGACGUCAACACCUUCACUACUCUCAAUUGUACCGGGCCAGUCUUCCAACUCGAAUACUCUACACGCAAGGCCUACAGUCCAGCGGCAGACUGGCCCGAGGACGAACCUCUAAACGCCACGUUUUGGCAUCGAGUCACAGAAGCCAUGGAAAAGGACAAAGGGCUGGUCAGUCUGUUCAACACCUACCAAGGGAAGAGUAGUAUCAGGAGUCCAAACUGUACAAGUGAUGCUUGCGCAGCAGCGAAGAUCUGCUACAUAAGGAGUGGCAGCACUGCCUUGGGAAGGGCUUGUCCGCAAGGCUUUGGCAGUGUCCAAAGCCCAUACACCGGCGUCAACUUCUGA